AUGAGGUGCAAGAUACACAGGGACCCCAAGAUGAUUAACGUGGUGCCAAGCAAGCGCUGCGAGGAUCCCAAGUGCGAUCUCUUUGCCAGUUUUGGCAUCGCGGGGGGUAAGAAGACACACUGCAGCAUCCACAAGCCACCGGAGAUGGUCAACGUAUCGUGUCAGAAGUGCAUCGAGCCAGGAGGCUGCCCGCGCCAGCCCUCCUUCGGCACCGAGGGCGGAAGGGCACUCUACUGCGCCGUGCACAAGAAGGACGGCAUGUUGGACGUCCACAACAGCAAGUGCGACGAGGAGGGAUGCCCAAACCGACCAUCUUUCGGCCUGGAGAAGGGCAAGCCCACCCACUGCGACGAGCACAAGCCACCCGGCGCUGAGAACGUCUCGGGCCGGAGAGGAGAAGAUCAAGACGUUCCUGGGCGCACGGGCCUCCCCGUCCAUUUCAUCCGCUACAACCCCGACUCCUUCUCCAUCGACGGGAAGAAGGUCAGGCUGGGCGAGAAGAGGCGCCAUGCCCUGCUGGAGAGGGAGCUGAGGAGCGCCCUCUCUCAGGCGCCCGAGGAGGGCGAGAUGGUCCGCAUCGUCCACCUCUUCUACAGCCGCGAGGGGCCCUUCGAGAAGCCCGAGGACGGUUUCGUGGUGGAAGAUACCGCGAUCAUAGCCGCACGAUUCGAUGAGCUCAUGCGGGAGGGAGUCAUCAGGACCCGUGACAGGCUCACAGCUGCCAACGUUGAGGUCGACUUUUUCCACUCGACUGGCGAAGAGGCUGUGAUCGAAGGCAUCGAAGCACCUAACCACAGAGAACCUGCAGCUUGGUUCAACCCUGUCGAUUGGUCUGAGAGCAGCACCCCAAACCUCCCAGCCCUCUGCCAGCCGGCAGCCGACAAGCGGCCCCCGCAGGUAGCAAGCUCGAAUAGGAUUCCAGACGGAGAGGUCGUGACCGAGGAGCUGAGCUGGAUCACGAUCCUCAUCGAAGCGAUAGGCCUCUCUGAGGAAGUGGAGGCAACGGCGGUCACACACUACAGGCUGUUCCUCUCCAAGCGGCUCCAGCGCGGUAAGAGUCGGCGGGGGACCGUUAUGGCCGCAAUCUUUCACGCGUGUCAGCAGCACGGGGCCACCAGGACAGCUCGAGAGCUGGGGAUCAUCUCCGGCGUCCCUAUGAGCGAUAUCAAGCGGGCCUGCAAGCAUACCACACCCUUCAUCGAGACGGUGGGCACCGGCCAGAUCGAGAGGCGGUCCGUGAGGGCUGACGACAUCCUGUCCCGCUACUGUCGGCGGGCGAUGGUUGGGAAAGACCCCAAAGAUGCCAGGAACCUGCUCCAGGAGAGCCGCAAGCUGUUGCUGGGGUCCAAGAGGGCUCUGAAGGGCCUCCAAGGGAAGGCGCCGACCACCAUAGUCUGUGUCGUACUGUGGAAGGCCGCUCAGCAGCUUCAAUUGUCCCUCAGUAAAUCAGAGAUCGCAAAGAGGUGUAGCGUAGCGAUAGGAACUAUCACGAAGACGACCCUCCUGUACGAGCAUCAGAUGCAGAGCAGCCCACAUGAUGACAGAGCGGACCAGCUCCUAGAGCUCGUCAUGUGA